GUAGCGGCCGUGCGGGGGCCUGAGGCGCCCGGGGCUGCCGCUGUUACCGGGGAAACAGGCUUCUGCUCUCGGGUGGCCAGCAGUUCGUUCCGCUGCAGCUGUACCGUCCGAGGCCGCUGACGAGGACUUCACUGCCCUAUUCCUGCCCGGGGCAGCCUGCCGGCUGCCUCUUGCCGUAGCUCCCUUCAGGCGGGACCGUGCCUGCGUCCCUGCCGCAGGAUGAAGAGGAUCUUCGGGUUCGGAAAGAAGAAGAAGGGGCAGCUGCCACCCGGCAGCGCCUCCCAGCCCAGCCCCACUGGUGCCUACGAGCUGCAGCUGAAGGACCUAGGCAAGCUGCACCGUGCGGCCGCCAGCGGCGACUUGGCCCAGGUGCGGCGGGGUCUGAAGAAAUACGGCGUCGACGGGCGCGACAAGGCCGAGCGGACGCCUCUGCAUCUUGCUUGUGCAAACGGCCACGUGGAUGUUGUUGCAUAUCUCGUAGAAAACAAGUGUAAGCUGAAUAUUUUUGACAGCGACAACAGAUCGCCACUCAUGAAGGCAGUACAGUGCCAGCAAGAAAAAUGUGUGGCUAUUCUGCUAGAGAAUGGUGCAGACCCUAAUCUGCCAGAUGCUGAUGGCAACACUGCCCUGCACCUGGCUGUUAUAUCCCCUAAUACAUCUGUAGCAGGGCUAUUACUUCAGCACGAUGCCAGUAUUGAUGCUCAGAAUAAGGAGGGAUAUACUCCCCUUAUUCUUGCGGUCUCUGAACAUCAGGAAGAGAUGGUAGAUUUUCUCCUUGGAAAAGGAGCUGAUGUGCAUGCUCGAGAUCAGUGCAAAAGAACACCACUUAUGGUUGCCGCUUCUGCUGGGGCGUCUAGUUCAAUAAAAGCUCUUCUGCGAUACGGUGCGGAUGUUUCCCAUAAAGAUGCUAAUGGGUGGACAGCUGAGGAUUAUGCUCACAUUCAUGGGCAUUCUAGUCUCAGUGAACAACUGGCAGAACACACAGACUGGGAAAAUGCAGACGCUUCUGCAGAUGUACUUAGCACUCCUCUCCGGGCAGGAGCUGCUGGCUUGACAUUGGGUGCACCUGCUAUGGACAGAGCAAUAGAUGACCUUUCGGAAGGAGACUCAAUAAGAAGCUCUGAGAAACUGGGGAGUGAUGACAGCUACCAUACUUCUGAUGAAGAAGAGCUUCAUUUUACCCCCAAGAAGCUGCAGAAGCCAAACUUGACACUCUUAAUGAAUGCUUCCCAGCGGUUCAGGAAAAACAUUGAAAGCCUAACGUCACCAGAGAAAAGCCUCAAACAAAAAGCCCCACUGAAUGCAAACUUGAACAAAGAAUGUGGAGAGUUGCUGAAUCAAGAUGUCUCAGAUGCUAGCAACCUGGAGGAAGAAGAAUUGGAGGAUGAGGAGGAGGAGGAGGAGCAAGAAGAUUAUGAAAAUGACAAUGGAGAUGAGGAGGAGGAAGAAGAAGAGGAAGAGGAAGAAGAGGAGGAGGAUGAAGAUCUUACUCAAGAUAAAAAGGAGGAGGCAGAUCUGGAAGAUGAAGAAUCUCAGUCUAAUCACAUACUGGAAGAAGAGCAGGGGGAGAAAACAGAACUCAAAGGGGAAAUUAAUCAAAGAUUGGAGUAUUUUAUUAACCCUAAGUAUGAAGAGCAAGAUCGGCGUGGAACUGAGGAUGUUUGUGAUGAUGAUAAAAUAAGUAAAGAACCUGAUGAAAAGGGGAAGGAAUCUGUGGAUACUCCUGUAUCUUUUAUAACUGGGUGUUAUGAAAGGUUGCAAGAAAAUGUAACUGCCAUGUCUCCCAAGAUAAUGAAUAAUGAAGUAACUUGUAAGUCAGUACCAAAACAAGCUGUCUUUCAAAAUCGAAAUAACUUGCAAGAUACACAAGAAAGCUGGAACAUGGAAAGCAUGUUUCAGGAUAAGUUUCACAGAAAUUCUGAUUCUUGUUUUGCAGGCUCUGAAGUGACAGACAGAAAAAAAGAGAUACUUCAGCCUUUCUCAGAUAGUUGUGGUCUUCAAGAUAAGAAGUCCAGCUUUGGUGAUGGCUUUCAAAGUGGUAACAAUUCUCUGUCAGCAGCAAAAAUCUCAGGGCUUGGAAUUCAAAAGCCAAACUCUGUAGUUCUUGAAUAUGUGGAUGAUGAAGAAACUGAAGAAGAGCAAUGUGAAGAAGUAGAUGGCAAAGUCUGUGAAGCACUGAUACAGCAAAGUGAAAACUUGCACUUAAUUAAUCAUGAAGAAAAUUUAAGAGCAGCAUUUUACUCAAGUACCAAAGAAGAAUCACCUGAACAGGAAGAAAAGGAGGAGGAGCAGGAGGAGAAAGGAACUAGUGAGGAGCUACAAACUGCAGAUGUUGAGGGUGUGAAAAAUUCAAUUUGUAAUGACAGUCAUCAAGUCCAAAGUGCUGCCAAAGACAACCCUGGUGCCCUUCCAGCAGAGGGAGCAGAGGAGGAAGAUUCUGAAUCUCCCUGGGAUUCUGAGACAGAUUGUGGAAAUCUGAGAAAAGCAGCAUCCGGUGUGUUUCUCCCAGCUACAGACAUACAUGGAAGAUAUGCAAAGAUUAUUGCAGGGGAAUGCAACAAUGGCCUUUUGGAGAAACCAAACAAUUCACAGCUGAAGACUCCUGAACCUAUUUUGGAAUUGAAUGAAACCUCUCCUAAAAAAAGACAGCAGGAAUCAGACCUGUUGCAGGAAUUGGAUCUAGAAGAUGCAGAGGAUAUUGAAGAUGAGCAUUCAGGAACUAGCUUCCAUAUGUCAUCGUCUGAAAAAGAGGACGUCGAGGAUGCCAUUGAAAACUAUGGUGUGCAGGAUAAAUAUAUUCUAGAAACUACCAACUUGAUAGAAAAAACAGCACAUGGAAAUCACACUGACACAGCCGAGAUUUCACAUCGGGAGGAAAAGGAGUUGCUGCACUGUUCUGACAAGCAGUUAAGACCAGAUCACUGGGAAGAAAGAUAUGAAAAAAUGUGGGUUGAAAAUGAGAAAAAGGAAUUGAAAACAAAUUUUAAAAACAUUACAGCAGAGCUGAAGCAGCUGUUUGGUGAAAUUACUGAAACUGGGAAAACUUCCCCUGUGACAGAAAUGUCAGAAUAUGGCUGCAGUGAAGUGUUGAAGAGUUCUCAUGUUGCUACAUCUCAUGCAACAGAAUCGAGUAAUAAGUUAGAAAGUAAAGGUGAAUGUGGAGAUACUAAACUUGUGCUCGACAGAAAAGUACCCAAAAUGGAAAUAGUAAUUCCAAGUCUUGUUGUCCUUCAAGACAAAAAUAACAUAAACACAAACAUGGAAGAUACCUGGAGUGUAGAUGAAAAUGAUGGCACAAGCAAUACAGAUAAUGCAAAGGUGCCUCUAGCAAAAGGAGAAGAAAAGAAAAUGCCUACUAUGGAAAUGGAAGAGAAUAAAAAUGGAAGUUGUAGACAUGUAGAGGGAAGCCCUGAGUACUCCUUGAGAUAUAGCUUAAACCCAAAUAUUUUGGAUGGCAUUUCUAAUACUCUUCUUAAAACCAGACCUGUUUCUACAAGUGAUGAAAAUGCAUUUUUGGUAACAGAAAGGAAACUUGGAAAAUGCUCUGGAUUUAAUGAUGAUGCUCCCAGAGACUGCCUUAUCAACAAUAAUAAAAUAGGAGAAACUGUAAUGGAGAGUCUUUUUGCAAAUGCUCAGCAAUCAUGUGGCAUGCUGAAAAGGAAUCUUGAUGAAGAACUAAAACAAGAUAUGGAAAGAUUUAAGAGUAAGGUAGGAAUGUUGCAAAUGAUAUUCCUGGCUUUGGAGAAAGAGAAGGUACAGCUGCAAAAAGAGGUCAAGAAAAUAAAAAGCAAACAAGGAUGUUUCCAAACACAGGAGGAGCCAAAACAGGAAGAUCUUGAUGAAUUACAUACACCUUCAGGGAAUGUUACUAACCAGCAAGUUAAGCAAAAGCUUACUGUAAGGAAGAAUGGCCAUUUGAAAAUGGAGAAUGGAAACGCUAUGGAAGAAAAAGACAAAAACCCCCUUGCAUCUGAAGAGAAAUCAACACUGAUUAAAAUGCCAAUGAAAAGUACGUUUGCCCUGAAUGCCAACACUGUGAAGAAAAAUAGAAGACAGACUUCAAAGCAGAAGGCUAAUCAGCACAUGAAAAGUAUUCCCACUGGAAGAGUGCAAGUACUGGAUGAUAGCAUUUCCAGUGAAACUUCACAAGAUGAGGGAAGACCUGCAGCAAAAACAAGGAGUGAAAAGAAGAAGGCCAGCGUGCAAAUGGAUGUCUCCGAUGACCUUGAUUUAACGCACUCAUCUGACGCAACUUCAGAGGACAUCAAAUUACCAACUUCAACCUACAAAAAGGCUAUGUUGCUAUUAGAACAGCUUAGUGUGGAUCACUCAGGUUCUGCUGUUCAGCAAAUUCAAGACAUACUUCUUGAAUAUGAAGGGAUAAUAGAACGUGAAAGAAAUUUGUAUGUAACUGUCUGCAGAGAAGUCAAGAAAUUGGAAAGUGAAAAGGAGUCAUCACAGCUAACAGCGAAAGAGACCUUGGCACAGCUAGAAAUGGAAAGGAAAAACGAUAUCCAAAGCCUUAAACUUACUUUGCAAGAAGAGGAGGAAAAAAGGCUCACAGUAGAAACACUAUAUGAGAGAAUGAGGGAAAAACUCAGAAGGAAAGAAGAUCAGUAUUGUAAAGAGAUGGAAGAGAAAGAGCAACUUGAGUUACACUCAAGGAAUUUGGAAAUGGAAUUAAUAACACUGAAAAAGAAUUUGAAAGAGGUUGAAGAAGAGCGUGAUGAAACACAGAGGCAGCUCUCUCAGGAAAAGAGUGCCAGAGCCCUGCAAGAAGGAAUUUUGAAUAACCACCUUUGGAGACAGAAGGAACUAGAAGAGACAAGAAGAACUAUAAGAAAGAAUUCAGAGGAAUCCGACGGUGAGAGAGAAAAGGAUCUGUUGUACAAAAAUCACUUACUACAAGACGAGAUUGCUAUGCUAAGACUAGAACUUGAUCAAGUAAGGCUUAGGCACCAGGAGGAAAAAGGAAAAUAUUUAGAGGAAAAUGAGACUCUGAAAGAAAAAAACGAAGAUCUCAAAACAGAGCUUAAACUGAACAAGGAAGCCUUAACACAAACGGUUUUUCAGUACAAUGGACAGCUGAACUUAGUCAAGACAGAAUCUGCAGUGCUAACUUCUGAACUUGAGCAGGCAAAAGAAAACAAAGACAGACUAGAGAUAGAAAUCGAAUCAUUUCGUGCCCGCCUGAACUCUACCGUUCAAGAGCUUGAACGUCAUCAGUCAUCGAAAAGCGACGUCGAACGAGUAUUUCAGAAGGACCGUGACGAAUGGCUUCGCUUGAAGGACAAGCUCCAUCGUGACCUCUCUGAUGUGCGAAGGGACAACAAGAGCCUGUCUCAGCAACUGAGCAAAGCUGAAAGCAAAGCUAACGGCCUAGAAAACGAGCUUCACCAGUUGAAACAAACACUUGGAGAAAAAACGUUGCUUUUGGAAAUGACACAAAAAGAAUUAAAUCAGGCCCAGUGUCAGGCAAAGGAAUGCGCUCAUGCUCGACAGCUUGAGAAAGAUCAAGUCAGCAAGUUUAUCAUAAAGCAGGAGUCUAUGCAGGAACGGUUGGCCCAGCUCCAGAGUGAAAACCUGUUGCUCCGUCAGCAACUGGAAGAUAUGCAGAACAAGGGGAUUGUUAAAGAAAAACAAGUGAAUGAUGUGCAGGACCGGUUUAAUGAUAUCUUCAACAAGCUCAGAGCUGAUACUGAAAAGCAAGUUUACCUUGUGGAAGAGAGAAACAAGGAAUUAAAUGCCAAGUGUGCCGAUUUAAGAGAACAAAUCUUUAAAUAUGAAGCUGACAAAGCAGAGAGAGAGGGCACGGUCAGACAGCUGCAGCAGGAGCUUGCAGAUGCUCUUAAAAAGCAAUCUAUGUCAGAAGCUUCACUUGAAGUUUCUACACGCUACCGCAGUGACUUGGAGGAAGACAAACUAUGUUUACAAAAGGAACUGAAAAAGAUUAAAACUGAGUUGCAGGAGUUGGAAGAGCAGCACCUCCAGUCUGAGCAUUGUGUUCGUGACAUGAAGACUGCCUUGGAUGAUAAAGAAAGAGAAUUAAUAGCUUCCUCCCAGAAACUCCAGGACCUUCUCUUGGCAUCCUCUGGGACUAAUACUACUAUAAAACAACUAGAAGAACACGUCCAACGCCUUGAAAUUGAAAAUGCUCGAUUGGAAGCCACAGUCCAACAACAAAACACUAGGAUUGAAGCGCUUCAGAGAGACCUGCAAGUCUCUGCUUCAGUUCAUAACCGCUUGGAAGACUUGAUAACUGGCUUCCAGACAACACAGGCAGCUGUAGAGUACCACCACCAGCAGCAGAUGCAAAAGCAGAAUGUGGCGACAUCAAAGGAUAGUGUGUGGGAAGAGCAAUUGAAGUCAAUGACCCACCUCAAAGAGCGUGUUGCUCAGCUUGACAGGGAGAAGGCUGAUCUCUUGGAACAGUGUGAGAGUGAAAGGAAGAAAGUGAAAAAGCUGGAAGAAUUGAAGCACCCAAUCGAACUGCGUUUGGACCAAGAAAUUAAAAGAAACGCUGAACUGCGGAAAAACUGUAAGAGGUUGAAGAGGCUUCUCACUAGAGCUGUGAAGAAGAUUCGACUCUAUGAAGAGAGAGAGAUGGAGUCCCAGCUUAAUUUGCAGGGAGAAAUGAAAAAGAGGUCUUCUGAACUGGUCAAUGAAGUUGGUGAAUUACGAGCAAAGGUUGGUGAACUUACUCAGCAGCUGGAGGUAAAAUCUAAGAAAUGCAUGCAAUUAGAAGUACAAAAUCAGGAUUUAGCAGAAGAGUUGUCCACCAUGCGUGGGAACCAAGAAAAACUGGAGAAGACCAAAUGCCAGCUGAAGGAAGAGGUGGCUGACCUUAAAUACCGUUUGGAGAUUAACGUGGGCCAAAUAGAGCAAUACAAAAGAGCAGUGGACGAACAAGCUGACCAAGAAAUAAGGCAAAAACUACAAGAAGUCAAUGUGUUUUUGCAGACACAGGCAGCCUCUCAGGAGCAAAUAGAACAAAUCAGAGCCAGUCAGCAUGCUUCAAUGAAAAACAAGCUCAAAGAGACAAUUAAAGAUUUGGAACGUGAAUUGGACAAGAUAAAAAGUACCCAACGAGACAGUAUUUUUCAAAAAGAGUCCACACAGGCAGAAGUGGAGAAGUACAAAGAGCUGUAUCUGGGGGAAGUGAAAAUCAGAGGACGCCUAGCAAAUAAACUAGAAAGAGCUAAUGAGAAACUAGUAGAAGCCAAUGCCAAACUCCUUCAGGAGCGCCACAGAAGGAAGUCUUUAAUCGCAAACAGCUUUAGUGGUGGAGAUCUGGCUGCAAGUCCAGUUCUGUAUUCAACCGAACUGGGACAUCUUAGCAACAAUUUGGCACUGAACAGAAGUCUGAGUCUAGGAGGAAGCUUCCUAAAUCCAGCCAGGAUUGCAUUUUCAUCAAGGAAGAGUGUUGAAGCUUUCGUGGCUAAGGUCCGACAGGAAAUGGAUGAAAAAAUCACUAAAGAACUUGAACAGGCCACUGCUGAACUUGAAACUGGAUCUGCUGGAGCUUCUCCCAUGGUAUGUGCUGAUGGAUCUUCCAAAAAUUUCCCUGUUGAGCAGGAUCCUCUUAGCAGGGCACUGCAGGAGUACCGUGAUGUUUUAACCAAAAAUUACAUGAUUGGAUGAAGUUCUAGGAAAGGACCCUGGAAAUCAUUCCGUUUACAUGGUGCAUCUGUGGUUUCCCUUCCCAUGGGUCAGAUGUGAAAUGGUGUUUGUUGCAGUCUGCACGUAAAUGCUAAGCCUUUAAAAUGGACGUCAGGCACAUCGCACUUACCUGUUGGUUUAUUGACACACAGUUGCUCUGUUUUGCACUCACCAUAAAAUCCAUGUCUGUGUUUUCUGACUAGCAGAUUGAUCAGUCUUGAUUCUGGAGGUCGACAGAACUGUCAGAAUGUCUUGUGAAGGUAGAUGUUCCAUACAUGGUCUGUGUUUCAACAAAAGCAUUCCCUUUCUGAUUAUUCUUUUCACUGUUUUGUUUUGGGUUUUAAUGUUUCCAGUGUUAUUUUUGAGCCUGCUGCUUCAGUCCUGAUGCAGUGAAUCUUUCUGCUGAUAAAAUGACAGUUUUGCCACUGGUCAAACUGGAGAAUAGGGCACUUUACAUUGCUGUCACUUUAUGCAUUUUAGGUUUAAAUUUGCUGUGAGUGUCUAGUAGUGCCAAGAAAGUUGUGGUCUAUUUGGUAUGUUUGUUUUGUGUCACGAAACCACAGAACAGGUGAGGCUGGAAGUGAUCUCUGCAGGUCAUCUGGUGCAGCCCCUUUGCCUCAAGGAAGACCACCUAGAGCCACUUGCCCAGGCUAUGGUUGCCUUUUAAUAUCUCCAAGAUGGAGACUUCACAAACUCCGUGGACAAACUGUGCCAGUACUCGGUCACCUUCACAGUAAAAAUGGAUUUCCUGAUAUUCAGAUGGAACCUGCUGUCUUUCAGUUUGUUCCCACUGCUUCUUGUAGUAUUCAUGUUGAUUUUUGUAUUAAAAAUUGGUGCAGCUUUAGAUGUUUUCAGUUCCUACAUCCACACCUGUGGUACACCUGAGCACUUCAUAUGGCAGGGGGGAAAAAGGAAUGUUAAUAUAUCAACUUUCAGUCUCCUCAGUACUUUCCCAAACUUAUGUGAUACAGUCUUUUGCUGCUAGCAGCUGAUGAUACGGUGGCAGUAGCCCAGAUGUUAGCCAGUGUUGUGGGGCAUUUGUGUCAAUAAAACAGACAGUGUUACUUAUUUCAGGGAGUUAGCUGUUGUUACUGAAGAUCUGUAGUUGUCAUUUCCUGCCUGCAAAAGGCACUAGUGAUAUAAGAAGAUUAUAGAACAGAGUCCCAGUUCUGGAAGAGUAAGAAUGGUUGUACUGAAAUGAAUUAAGACUGGAUAGAUGUGGGGGUUUUACCCACUAAUUCAAAGACUUGACU